AUGUCGACCGUACUGCAUAUGCCCGCAUUUAAUUCCGCUCCCCAUGGCCCCGCCUUCACGUCCGUCAAUGGUCGGUUGUCUCUAAGUCCACCCGACGAGCAAAAGCCACCCGUUGUCACUAAAUCUUCUACUUGGAGCCCUACCUCUCCAGACCCUGAGCACAACCGUCACUCUCCAGACAGCGAUUCGAGCUCGUCCACUGUUAGCAGUGGAGACAAGUCUCCCAAUAGUUCUGACAAGACAAGGUCGUCUCCCGAGAACCCAAACAAGAGGAGGCGUUCUGGAUCCGACGAAGGCGCCUACGGUCAGCACAGCCCUGAUCAGACGACUGCCGGCCCCAGACAGCUUCCGCCUCCCUACCAGCCUCUGAACCGUAGCACGACCAUGAGCAUGGAGACCCCUCAAUUACCAAGUUUGCCUCCAUUAGGUCGUCCAGAUGCUGAGCGCCGCUGGCAGACCGAGCCCCGUGAACUACCUCAUGCGACUCAUCAUUUCCAACCCCGUGAGCCACGUCCAACAGAGCCUUCCCGCAACAAUGCUUUGUCACCCGAGUCGCGCGACAUGAUUGAAGAGACUGAAUUCACGCGUGCCGGCGUACAAGUCGAGCUCAAGAAGAGGAAACGGCAAUUUGCCAACCGCACUAAGACUGGUUGUGGAACUUGCAGAAGGAGAAAGAAGAAGUGCGAUGAGGCCAAACCAGAGUGCAAUAAUUGCACACGAGGCGGUUUCGUUUGUGAGGGCUAUGCCAACAAAGUACCUUGGCCAAAGAAUGGGCCUGCUAAACCGCCUGCCAUACUAGCCAAGGAGAAGUAUGCUGCUUAUACGUCGUGCCCAACAUGUCAAGAAAAGCACACGCCCCACUGUGGGCCACAAAGCAGUGAAACCCCUUACCCACCACCCGAAAUGCAUCCAGGCAACGGUACCGAGCGCAAGCCUUGGAAGUCAUCCUGGAGUGAUCCUGCACCUCCACCAGUCCGAGCGGCUUACCAACCGGAGGCCCCGCCGCCCCCGGCACAGUAUAUGCAGCCUGCGGCAAACCACUAUGAGAGACCCUCAACCCACGAUCAUCAACCGGUAUCUCAACAGCAACAGCAGCCUCACCAUACCUCUCGUGGCUAUCACCAUGCUCCACCAAGCACGAAUCACCUCGCUAUCAACACUGCUGUCCCUGCCACCUCUAUGGUCGCCAAGCCUGUCCAACAGCUACAUGUGGCACAGCAGCAUCCUCGUCCACCGCCUCCCCCACCGCCAACAUCCUUGCCACCGACGCGAUCGCCGACGCGCUUUACAGAGUCCUCCUCAAUGACCUAUAGAUCUGAGAAAGACAAGAUGCUAGCGGGGGAGCCAUUUAACCCCUUUGACAAGACCCUAAUGCACGAACGCCAUCUUAGCACGCAAGCCCAGUCUAUCUUCAACAGCAGCAAGGCAAAUCCCUCCAACGUUCUGUCGAGCACAACCGUCGACCACUUUUUCAAGCAGAUUCUGAAUGCAAGUCGUCAUCGCGAAGGAAAGCAAAUUGAGAUUCACAUGGGUCCCAAUUGCCAUGUCGCUACGCCUUUUGCUUGUGACUACGGUUACCACCUUAGUAUGGGCGAAAAUGUUGUCAUUGGUGCUGACUGCCAUCUCCACGACUCUGCAAGGAUCUCUAUUGGAAGAAACUGUAAGAUCGGAGUUCGGGUCACAAUACAGACUUUGAAAACACCCACCGAUAACAAAUCAUUGAAAGGGAGCAACGGUACCGAGAUCGCGCAAGAAGUACACAUUGGGGAAAAUGUGUACAUUGGCGAUAAUUGUGUGAUCGAGGCAGGAGUUCACAUCGGGCCCAAUACCAUAGUGCGCCCGGGCUCUGUGGUGUCUCGCGUAAGCUCUCAAUCCUGCAAUGAUUUGAAUAACCAUAUACUGACCUUGUAUAGUCUUUGCCCCCCAACUGCGUCGCUCAUGGAAAUCCUGCGAUCAUCCUACCUAACUGAGAUACUCAGUACAACAAUCACCUUGUGUUCUCGCAAUCUUCCAGAACAAUUCGUCAUGUACGAGAUAUUCGCGAACCGGGAAUGUCAAAAUAUCCGCGGCGAACAAUCAGCGCCGCAUAUCCCACGUACCCAUACCAUAAUCACAAUGCCACCCAAAGCACCCCUCAAUUGGGGUCUCUUACCACCAUCCUUUCUUCUUCCUUCAUCAGCGCGCUCCGUCCUCCAGCAAAAUGCGCAUCAAAUAUCCUCAAGACCCGCCAUCGCAUACACAUCGAUUCGAACCAUAAAAUCCACUUUCACGCCCAAACCCGACCGCUUCGCACAUCAUCCCGCCCGAGAAGCCCUCACCAGCACAUCUACCGCAGCGCUCGAGCGAAAAGCCCACAGCACACCCCUGCGAACGGGUCUUCUCGCCCUCAAGAAGGGCAUGACAUCCAUCUACGACCCCGAAACAGGGAAGCGUACAGCAUGCACUGUUCUACAACUUGACCGUAAUGAAGUGGUUGCGCACAAACGGAGAGACCAGAAUGGAUACUGGGCGGUGCAGAUCGGUGCUGGACAAAAAGAAGCGCGGAAUGUCAGCAGGCCCAUGUUAGGACAUUUUGCGGGUGCGGGCGUGAGUCCUAAGAGAUGGGUUGUUGAAUUCAAGGUCAGGGACGAGGCAGGGCUCGGCGUUGGUAUCGGGGAGAUGGUUGGCGCGGGGUGGUUCACAAAGGGACAAUGGGUGGAUGUCAAGGCGAUAAGCAGAGGAAUGGGAUUCGCUGGUGGUAUGAAACGACACGGUUUCGGCGGUCAACCAGCAUCCCACGGUCAAUCGCUCAUGCAUCGUGGUAUGGGUUCAGCCGGAGGUUCCCAAGGUUCAGGUUCUCGUGUGCUACCUGGCAAGCGUAUGCCGGGAAACAUGGGCAAUGAGAGCGUGACUGUCAAGAACUUGAGGGUAUUACAGAUCGACGAGCAGAAUGGCAUUGUUGUUGUCAAUGGCUGCGUACCAGGACCGAAGAACCAGAUUAUCCGCGUUCAAGAUGCGAGGGGGAAGCCGUGGCCUGCGGGGCCCAUGUCAACCGCAGAACUGAAGCCAACAGAGGUUUUAGCCGAGGCGGGCGUUCCUGAUGCCACCGAAGCGACAGCCAGUGCAUAG